AUGAGCUCAAUUGACCACCCACUUCUUGGCCGGAUUCAGGGCAACCAAACCAAUGAUGUGAUUGAAUUCCUAGGUAUUCCAUAUGCGAACGUCGCACAUCGGUUUGCUCCGCCCGUGCCGAUCAGCCACCAGGAGAGAAGCCCGGAAGCCAUCUUUGAUGCUACUUCAUAUGGACCAAGUGUCGAGGGAAAAGACGGGUGUGAGAUGGACUUCGCCCUGAUCCAACACACACUUCCACGGACGCAUUUUGCUCAGUCAGGCACCGAGAGUUUAAAUCUCAACAUGACGAUCCCUCGGAUGACCAAACCAUCCGAACCAUUACCUGUUCUUGUUUUUCUGCACGGUGGCGGGUUCGAGGUUGGGUCCUCCUCAUGGCCGCAAAACCGAUUGAAUAGAUUGGUCUCCCUUGCAUGCGAACUAGGUCUCCCUGUUCUUGGAGUUAGCAUCAAUUACCGUGUCGGCCCUGCUGGAUUUUUGACCUCUAUGGAAAUGCGCGACGCUGGACUCACUUCAAAUAAUGGCCUUCGGGACCAGCGCGUCGCUUUGAAAUGGGUCCAGCAUCAUAUCAGAGGAUUUGGAGGUGAUCCAGAUAACGUCACGUUAGUUGGACACAGUGCAGGAGGUGUAUCCGCUGCCCUGCACCUCUCAAGUGAAGAGCCCUUGUUUAAGCGAGUUGCAUGUCUCAGUGGCCAUUUCCUAGCGAAGAAGCCCCUUCCAUCUGAAGUCCAUGAGCAUAUCUACAAUGAAUGCCUUCGGAUUCUAAAUUUGGAAACAUUGUCAGCUAGCGAGCGCGUAUCCCGUCUUUUGGAGCUGGGUGCGGAUGAUUUGGAAAAUAUUUCGCGCUUUCCAUCGAGUCCAAUUGUCGACGGCGAAAUUUGUUCCGAGAUGCCUUCCGUGCACGCCAUAUCGAAUACAAUUCCAACAUCGCUACACCGAGGCUGGUGCCAAGACUUGUUUAUUGGAAGCUGCCACUUUGAUGGAUCGAUUUUGGCAGGCGCCCUCGAACACCGGAAAGCGGGUAUAGGGAUGUCAUUUGCUGGGCACUUAGCUAGCGGACUCACGCAAGCCCCCGGGCUGGCUGAUAAAAUUCUCUCCACAUAUGGUAUCAAUGUCGACAAUCAGAACGACGAUGGGGAUUUAUAUGGCAUUCUGAAACUGGCAAAUGACCUCUUCUUCUAUGUUCCAACUAUCUAUAUGGCCGAAGCUUGGAAGUCCGGUUCUGCAUAUCUGUAUAGAUUCAAUUCGCCAAAUCCGUGGGAAGGCCAGUGGCAAGGUGAAGCUGCACAUAUUACUGAUCUAACAAUGCUCUUGCACAACUUUGAUGAAUUUUUGACUGAAGAGCAGCAGGGACCGGGACGUGAAUUUUCCCACGAUCUGCUGACUUUUGUGUCUGCAAAAGCGCCGUGGAAGGCGUUCGAUGGCCAAGAAUCGUCUGCUAGAGAGUACGGCAGCUUGAUCAGUGACCAGAGAGGUUCCAUUUGGGAAAUAUUGAAGGGAAUUGACCCUGAUCAACUUACGGGGUUGCUGGAAGGGUUCUUGGCGAGCGGAUGA